UUCUCUCUUUUUUUUGUUCUGAUCUUCAACACACUAACGAGAGAAAAUGGGAAGGGCUCCAUGUUGCGACAAGACAAAGGUGAAGAGAGGGCCUUGGUCUCCUGAGGAAGACUCUAAGCUUAGAGGUUACAUUGAGAAGUAUGGUAAUGGUGGAAACUGGAUCUCCUUUCCUCUCAAAGCCGGUUUGAGGAGAUGUGGGAAGAGUUGUAGAUUGAGGUGGCUAAACUAUUUGAGACCAAACAUAAAACAUGGUGACUUCUCUGAGGAAGAAGAUAGGAUCAUUUUCAGUCUCUUUGCUGCCAUUGGAAGCAGAUGGUCAAUAAUAGCAGCUCAUCUACCAGGAAGAACAGACAAUGACAUCAAAAACUAUUGGAACACUAAGCUAAGGAAGAGACUCCUGUCUUCUUCUUCUUCCCCUCAUUCAUCAUCAUCCAUGCCUUCUCCUUUUGUAAACCCUAUUUCUCAGGAUGUGAAAAGACCAUUAACCACAAUUGCACCUUCUUCCUACAAUCCGUACGUUGUAAGCCCAACAAAAGCUCCCAUCUCCACCAUCAAUGGCUUUGAAACUGAUGACCACCAGAUCUUUCCAUUUGUCAACCCUAAUUAUCUUCAAGAUCUCUCUCUAUCAGAGAGCAACAACAACAACAACAACAACAACUUUUCGGGCUCGAGUGGUUUCUCGCUCAACCACAAUAUGUGUGAUCACUACAGCAACCACAACAGUUUCUCCUCAGACGUUAGUGGAAAUAGGUCAGAGAUUAUGAUGAAGCAAGAAGAGAUCAUGAUGCUGAUGAUGAUAGACAACCACAUUGACCAGAGGACAAAAGGGUACAAUGGAGAUUUCACACAGGGAUAUUACAGUAACUACAUUAAUGGACAUGGGGAUUUGAAGCAAAUGAUUAGUGGAACAGGCACUAAUUCUAACAUAAACAUGGGUGGUUCAGGUUCAGAAUCAGCUUCAUCUUCUAGUUCCAUAAGCAACCUAGCUGAGAACAAAAUCAGUGGUAGCCUCCUACAACACAAGUGUUUGCCCUAUUUCUACUCCUAG